AUGGAGCUCUAUCAGCUUACGGCAACUCAAGCGCUUACGAAAUUUAAAGAUGGCUUAAUAAAAGUAGAAGAAUAUGCUCGAUCGCUACUAGCACGAAUCGAAAAGAGAGACGAUGCUGUCAAGGCCUGGGCAUAUAUCAACCCGGAAUAUGUAAUCCAGCAGGCAAAGUGGCUUGAUGCCCUACCCUCUGAACGCCAGGGGCCUUUGCAUGGUAUCGCCGUUGCGGUGAAAGAUAUCAUGUAUACGAGACACAUGCCAACGCAACAUAACUCCCCGAUCUACGAGGGAGAUGGACCGAAUGUCGAUGCGGCGGCUGUCGCAACGCUGCGCCAAGCCGGCGCCUUAAUACUAGGCAAGACUACUACAACAGAGUUUGCAUCCACCGCAGUUGGGCCAAAAACACGGAACCCCCACGACGCAACGCGGACCCCAGGCGGAUCAUCCUCUGGGUCUGCGGCAGCAGUGGCUGAUUUCCAAGCGCCUAUCGCACUAGGGUCUCAAACAGGCGGGAGUACAAUUCGCCCGGGCUCAUUCAACGGAAUCUUUGCCUUUAAACCGACGUGGAACGCCGUCAGUCGCGAGGGUGUGAAAAUAUACUCGCUCAAUCUCGACACAGUUGGCUUCUUUGCGCGGAGCGUGGAAGAUCUCCAGCUACUAGCCGACAUAUUCGCGCUUGAAGACGAUACGCCUACACAAGACGACUUCUCAAUUAAGGGGUCUAAAUUCGCGCUUUUGAAAACAACAGUGUGGCCCCAGGCGGGACCUGGCACAAUUACAGCGUUAGAAGCCGGCGCAAAGCUACUGCGAGAUCAUGGAGCAGAGGUCGAGGAGAUCGAGCUGCCAACAGAAUUCGACAGGAUGCCUGAGUGGCACGGCGUAAUACUUGACGCCGAUGCGAGAGCAACAUUCUUGCCGGAGUAUCGGCUGGCUAAAGAGAAGUUAGCGUCCCUCCUGGUUGACCAUGUUGAGAAUAAAAGUAAGAUAUCACGGACCACCCAGCUUGAAGCUUUCGACGGAGUAGCCGCUCUAAGGCCUAGGAUUGAUGCGAUAGCUGGUAAGUAUGCUGCUAUUCUUACACCGAGCGUGGUCGACGAGGCGCCUGUGGGCAUAGAGUUUACUGGAAGCCCGGCAUUUAAUAAGAUAUGGACGGCUCUUCAUGUGCCGGUAGUGAACAUUCCCGGGUUUAAAGGCGGGAAUGGAAUGCCGAUUGGUCUGUCGUUGGUUGCGCCGAGAUAUCAUGAUAGACAUCUACUUGCGGUUUCCAAGGCUGUCGGAGAGAUUUUCCAAGCUGAAGGAGGUUGGCAGACCCAAAGCUCAGGAUAA